GCAGCCCGGCGGUGCAGGGCCCGGGUCCUUCGCUCGGCCCGGCCCCGCUCGGCCCGAGAUGGCGGCGAAAAACUUCCGCGUGAGCGACGGGGACUGGAUCUGUCCCGACAAGAAGUGCGGGAACGUGAACUUCGCCAGGAGGACCAGCUGUAACAGAUGCGGGAGGGAGAAGACGACAGAGGCAAAGAUGAUGAAGGCGGGGGGGACGGAGAUCGGGAAGACGCUGGCGGAGAAGAGCCGGGGGCUGUUCAGUGCCAACGACUGGCAGUGCAAAACGUGUGGCAAUGUGAACUGGGCCAGGAGAUCAGAGUGUAACAUGUGCAACACCCCAAAGUACGCCAAGCUAGAGGAGAGGACAGGCUACGGAGGAGGAUUUAAUGAACGGGAGAAUGUGGAAUAUAUAGAACGGGAAGAAUCCGAUGGGGAGUAUGAUGAGUUUGGACGCAAAAAGAAAAAGUACCGAGGGAAACCAGUGGGUCCUGCGUCCAUCCUGAAGGAAGUGGAAGAUAAGGAAUCUGAAGGGGAGGAUGAGGAGGAUGAGGAUGAAGAUCUCUCCAAAUAUAAAUUGGAUGAGGAUGAGGAUGAGGACGAUGCUGACCUGUCCAAGUACAACCUGGAUGCCAGUGAGGAGGAGGACAACAACAAGAAGAAGAAGCCCGCCCGGCGCAGCCGCUCCAAGUCCCGCUCGUCCCACUCCCGCUCCUCCUCGCGCUCAUCCUCUCACUCGAGCUCAAGGUCCAGGUCCAGGUCCCAUUCAAGGAGUUCUUCCAGUUCCAGAUCAAGAUCUCGUUCCAGUUCCAGAGAACAGUCUAGAUCUCGUGGGUCAAAAUCCAGAUCCAGCUCCAGGUCCUACAGGGGGUCUUCCACCCCAAGGAAAAGAUCUUACUCAAGCUCUCGCUCCUCAUCCUCCCCCGAGAGAGGCAAGAAGAGAAGCCGCUCUAGAUCCUCUUCAUCUGGUGAUCGCAAAAAAAGACGAUCGAGAUCACGGUCACCCGAAAGACGCCGCAGAUCAUCCUCCGGAUCCUCCCAUUCUGGUUCCCGUACAAGUUCUAAAAAGAAAUAAUGUAUUAAAGCUCACAUUUACAAAAAAACCCACCAAAAUUCCAGUCAGUGCAUGAGACAUUUUUAAGAAGUUGGUGUCUUACUUGGUCAGAAGUGCUAAAUCUGCUAGUAGAGGUGCAUGUCUGUCCUUGCUUUCUGGCAAACUGCAGCUUUGUUCAUCCAUGACCCAAAAUGUGAGGUAGCAUUUUAAGCCAUAAACUUCCCCGGCGGAGGCGGGAGGUUCUGUGGUGUGAGUGGGGGGAGGUUAUUAUUUUUAAAGAUCAGUUCCUCCAUUUCUGGCUCCCUCAGAUGUAGGAGCAGGUUGGGAAUGUCCUGGUCCCGCUCUGCUCCUGGACUAAAGCCGUGUGAGGAGGACACCCUGAGCUUUGUGCAGCCGCCUCCGGAGCGUGUGAUGGAGCUCCCAUGGGACCACAGCAUAGGGUAGGGCUGGAGUCACCUGGGGUCAGUAUGAGGGCUUAGGGCUAAGAUUUGUUCUUGUUCCAUGUUAAAGUACCAGUGUAGAUGGACACCCCUCUCUAGCAAUGCUCAGUGCAAAGCAGCUCUUAGACCCCCCCAGUCCAUCAUGAUUCCAUAGAGGGAAUUAGCCUUCAUUCCUGGGAAGCGAGGAUGUUGGAGAUAGAUGUUUUUUUGCUGCAGCCAGCAAAGGGCCUGUUGGCUGUGGUGGUUUCCUGACCCUGGACUCCAUGAUCCUUUUACAAACGGAUCAUUUAGGAUCUGCUCCUGCCAUGGAGGAGUUUGGAACUAGCUCCUUGGAAUCAAGGGAAGCUUCCGCAGGCCGCCUGUAAAAUUCCCUUUGGGGCUGACUAAAAUUUUCAAGGUAUCUCAAUUUUAUUUUUCUUUCAAAAAAUGAGAAUGAAUAAACUGUGUAGAAAGUUCUGGCAUCUUAAAUGUGUUCUUCAUCAAUCAUUCUUUUUUCCUGCAACAUAAUUUAUGGCUUAAAAUGCUUUGUGGAAUCCAUUUUAGUAUAAAACUUGCUCUCUCUUGGGCUCCGUUUGGUUAAGAAAGGUUUAAGUCUUCAGUGCCAUCACAAGGUAAGUAUGGUGAGGAAAAUUCUUAUAAAGCAAACAAAGAGCUAUAUAUCUGCAUUUAUUUCAGUAGUAAAACUUCCAAACCCAGAUUUACUGCUUUUUUCAGUAAACUCCACAGAAACAAACGGAGCAACAUUUAAAAACUCCAUUCUGCUCCUUUUUUUCCUUUUUUUUUUUGGAGACAUGUUUUUGGACUGGUGUAGAAGCAAAAUGUUUUUGGUGUAGAAGUAUUUUGAUAAUCUUUUUGCAGAAAAAAAAUGCAGUUUCUUUAAUGCUUUCUUUUCUCUCUAAUUUUGAUGCUAAAUGUGCGUAGGUUGCACAAGAGCAGAUUAGUCUGUAACUGUGCCUCUGACUUCAACGUCCAACUACUAAAGUGUACAACCCAGAUCAAGUAGACGCUCUGUUGUUAGCAUUGGGGUUUUCUUGUGCUUUGUAUUCCAAUUGUUGCUGUACUUAACAGAUGAGGGGUUUUAAAGUUAGCAACUCAUAGGCCACAGGCAAAGGAGAACAAUGGGUUCACUUGGGUUAGAGAAUGUGUAAGGCAAAAUGAUGCUGUAGACAAGUGUAAAUAAAACCUGUGAGUCAA